AUGUCAUCGUAUAUCCAGGUUGCUGAGGACGAGGGUGAAGAACCGAUAGAACUCCCAACGGAGGAUGAUUCAACAUUAUUGUUAACGACUCUCUCAGCGCAAUUUCCCGGUACGUGCGGUCUCAAAUACCGCAAUCCAGAAUCACGUACAAUGCGGGGCGUGCGUCUCGUUGAUGGUCGUCUUCAUGCGCCGGAAAAUGGCUGGGGCAAAGCUGUCUAUUUUUGCGUGUUUCCAAAAGAAAACAAACGUAAAUCAGAUGACAAUUUGGAAAAUUCAACUGCCAAGACCAAGAGAAUGGAAACAAAAUUACGAUGCACUGACCUUAUUGUACUUGGAUUACCGUGGAAAACAACUGAGCAAAAUUUACGGGAAUACUUUGAGACAUUUGGCGAGGUUCUGAUGGCCCAGGUGAAAAAGGAUCCUAAGUCAGGUCAAAGUAAAGGAUUUGGAUUUAUAAGAUUUGGAAGUUAUGAAUCACAAUUACGGUGUCUUGCUCAACGGCACAUGAUUGAUGGUAGAUGGUGUGACGUCAAGGUUCCUAAUAGCAAGAAUAUUGAUGGCUUAAUACUGGCCCGACAGUUUGAACCGGGUAAACACAAUGAAUAUUACCGUCCGAUACCGGUUCACACGCCAAGUAGCCGGCGUCUGCCAGUGGUCAAACAGUUUAUGAAUGCAAACUCCGAUCCAUCACCGCGUUACGAUCAAGAUUACGAUUUCAAAACAACCCAUUACCCCUCGUAUCCACCGAAUUACCCAUACGACGAGAACAAUAAAUUCAAGUAUGAUCAUCAUCAACCGCAGCAUCAGCAGCAAUCGAUGCCACCGCAUCAGCCGUCCGCCCAGCAACCAGGUCAUCCGAGUUACGGAAAUUACGACAAGCAAGCUUAUCCAGGCUACGACGAGGGUGCUUAUGAUUCUCGUGGUGGUGGAGGUGGGUUCAUGACAUCUCACGUACCGCCACAAGCACCACCACCACCUGGUACUAAUUUCCCUCACGAUACUGACUACUCUAGGUAUCCAAAUUACGACGGACGUCCAUCAGCAUACCCAGGUGGACCUGAGAGCGCUGAAUACGCUGAAAAAUCACGCUACGCAUACGGGGGUGGAUACGAUAGAAAUUACUACGACUCUGCGGACACCCGGUAUUUGCCUGACGGCACUCGUCAGGAUCUACGGUACUCUGAUGGACGUCACGACAUAAGAAGUAUCACUGACGGACGUGGAGAACCUAUUAUGGACAGUAGAGAACCUGACAGACGAUACUCGGAUGGUCGAGGUGGCAGCGGUAUCGGUAAUGCUGGUGGUACCGGGGAAGAUGAUUUAAGAUUCGACGGACGUGAUGGAGACAAUAGGUACAUGGAGGGUAGAGUUGACGGAAGAUACUCCGAAUCCGGAAGAUAUCCCGUCAAGGAAAAUUAUUACGAUCGCUACUACAAGCAUCGACCGGCGAGAGAACAUCAUGCGAGGGAAUGAUUCAACAAGUACCGUGCAAGGUAUUCGUGGGACGCUGUACUGAAGAUUUAACAGCCGACGAUCUACGUGACUACUUUUCAAAGUUUGGUGAAGUUACGGAUGUGUUCAUUCCAAAGCCAUUUCGUGCAUUCUCGUUCGUAACCUUCUUAGAUCCCGAGGUAGCCCAGUCACUGUGUGGUGAAGACCACAUAAUAAAGGGCGUAUCGGUCCACGUGUCCAAUGCAGCGCCUAAAUCCGAGGGUAACAAUCGUAACUUUAACAAUCAGAUGAACUCAAAUAUGCGUGGCCGAGGUAUGAGUGGUCCAAUAGACAACAAUAUGCAGGGAAACUACCAAGGAAAUCGUUACAUGGGUCACUCUGGGAACAAUAUGGGCCCAAACGGAUGGAAUAAUCCCGGUAAUAGAGGUGGUAUGUCGAACCCCUUGGCAAUGGGUGGCAUAAACCUCUCAGCACUGCCUGUCAAUCCGGCUCUCGUUGCAGCAGCGAUUAAUCAAGCUUCAUGGGGACUCAUUGGUAAUCUCCAGAGCCAGGGUAACGAUCAGGGAUACUCCAACCAACCUGGACCACCUGGACAACCACCAUCUGGCAACAAUAGUAUCGGGAAUAGUGGUAACUCUGGAUUUCUCAGCUGGAUGAAUCAAGGCGGCGGCGGCGGUGAUGCCAACACCGGUAAUCCGGGUUCUGGUGGACCUGGUGGUCCCAAUAAUCCAAACGCUUCGCAGGGUACAUGGCAAAAUCAUCCAGGUCAGCGUGAUGGUAAAACGAAUACAUUUCUUAAGUACGAGUAA